UUACUUUCCCUCAAGAUGACAAACAGUUCUACCUUCUGCCCAGUUUACAGAGACCUGGAGCCAUUCACAUAUUUUUUUUAUUUAGUUUUCCUUGUUGGAAUUAUUGGAAGCUGUUUUGCAACCUGGGCUUUCACACAGAAAAACUCAAAUCACAGGUGUGUAAGCAUAUACUUAAUUAACUUGCUUACAGCCGACUUCCUGCUUACUCUGGCAUUACCAGUGAAAAUCAUUGUAGACUUGGGCGUGGCACCCUGGAAGCUGAAGAUAUUCCACUGCCAAGUAACAGCCUGCCUCAUCUACAUUAAUAUGUACUUAUCAAUCAUCUUCUUGGCAUUUGUUAGCAUUGAUCGCUGUCUUCAGCUGACACACAGCUGCAAGAUUUAUCGAAUACAAGAACCUGGAUUUGCCAAAAUGAUAUCGACUGUUGUGUGGCUAAUGGUCCUUCUUAUAAUGGUGCCAAACAUGAUAAUUCCCAUCAAAGACAUCCAGGAAAAGCCCAACGUGGGUUGCAUGGAAUUCAAAAAGGAGUUUGGAAGAAACUGGCACUUGCUGACAAACUUCAUAUGUGUAGCAAUAUUUUUAAAUUUCUCGGCCAUUAUCUUAAUAGCCAACUGCCUUGUAAUUCGGCAACUUCAAAGAAACAAAGAUAAUGAAAAUUAUCCACAUGUGAAAAAAGCUCUCAUCAACAUACUUUUGGUGACUACAGGCUAUAUCAUAUGCUUUGUUCCUUAUCACGCUGUCCGAAUCCCAUACACCCUGAGCCAGACAGAGGUCAUAUCUGACUGCUCCACAAGGAUCUCACUUUUCAAAGCCAAAGAGGCCACACUGCUCCUGGCUGUGUCCAACCUGUGUUUUGAUCCGAUCCUGUACUAUCAUCUCUCAAAAGCUUUCCGCUUAAAGGUCACUGAGACGUUUGCUUCCAAUAAGGAGACCAAGGCUCAGAAAGAAAAAUCAAGUUACGAAAGCAAUGCAUAAAAUAUGGGAUUUUUUUCAGGCUAUCAUUCUUGCCUUACUGGACAAUUAAGUGUACAAAACUACUGGGAAGGAGGAGAAAAAGAGCCUCCGUUAGGUAAAAAAUGUGGCUAGCAAAUGUGGUUUCUUGAGAAACCCUGUUUGUAAAUGCAAGUCAAGCAGUACUCUUGUGGUUGUUAAUGCUCCUUAACCCAAAUGUUUGUACAAAAAAACAAGAAACUGAAAAGCCUUACUGAACCAAUAUAAACCCUGCAAUAUCCCUGAAAUCUAAACGAGCUCUCUGACACAGACUCUGAAGUAUUCUUAAGGUAUUCAUUUAAAGGCCUGGAAAUGACUUCCUGAUAGAAAUAUGCAAAACAAUCUCUCUCUGUAAAGUGCCAGAAAGCCCUUCAGCAACACGAUUUAAAACCCUUCCGGUCACUUAAAAAAAAAAAAAAAAAAAUAGGCCAGAUGAUUUUUUACAUGAAACCACCUGUGCCUGAUUUAGUUUUAAUCCAUCACCUCACAAAUGGUAAUCUUUUAGCUCAGUACUCCAAUUUUUAAC